ACUGGAGUCGCUGCUCAUCCUUUUGCGAUGACUUGCUUCUGUCGCCACGUUGUCGUGACUCGGCCGAUGUUUGUGUUUCUGUCCCAGGUCUCGACAGCUGGAGCUGGAGGACAAGCAGAGCAUGUUGGAGCUGGAGCUCAGGAAGUUCAUGGAGCUGAAUGACAAGACGCAGGAGCAGGAGGUGGAGGAGGAGCGGGUCCUGCAGCAGAUGAUCGAGGUGGUGGACAUGAGGGACUCGCUGGUCUCCUUCCUGGAGGAGAAGAGGCUGAAGGAGAUGAGCGAGGAGCAGGAGGCCUUCUCCAUCAUGGAGGCCAGACGGCACUCCAAGGCAGGAUCUCAGGUUCACUGGGCAUCAUAA